CGACUCAGAUUAAGUCUGAGGCCGGUAACAUCAACAGUGAGGACAGACCCAGCCUGCCUCUCUCCUUCCACACUGAGUCCAAACCUACAGUCACUGGGUCCUGAUUGUGACAGUGGAGCCCAGUUUGCACUGCAGGAUCCAGAGAUGGCAUCAGUGAAGCUGGAAGACUGCAGUCAAACACUGGAGCUGAAUGUCAUCAUUAAAGAUGAAGAAGAGGAGGAGAAGAUUGGAGACCACGUUGAGACAUUCUCUACAUCAAGAGAGAAACAGCAGGAAGAUGACAGAGCUAAGAGGUCUCACCACUGCCCACAUUGUGAGGAGAUUUUCCCAAUUCUAUCAAAGCUAAAAAUACACCUUAAAAUACACACAGGAGAUCAUCUGUAUCCCUGUACUGACUGUAGGAAGAGAUUCACGACAUCAAGGUCUCUGACAGUUCAUCAGAGAAUACACACAGGAGAGAAGCCUUACUUCUGCUCUGACUGUGAAAAGCGUUUCUCUCGACUGGGCGACUUAAAAAAACAUGAACGUAUACAUACUGGAGUGAAGCCUUACUCCUGCUCUGACUGUGGAAAGAGUUUCUCUCGACUGGGCCACUUAAAAACACAUGAACGUAUACAUACAGGAGAGAAGCCUUACUCCUGCUCUGACUGUGGAAAUAGUUUCUCUCGACUGGGCGACUUAAAAACACAUGAACGUAUACAUACUGGAGUGAAGCCUUACUCCUGCUCUGACUGUGGAAAGAGUUUCUCUCGACUGGACCACUUAAAAACACAUGAACGUAUACAUACAGGAGAGAAGCCUUACUCCUGCUCUGACUGUGGAAAGAGUUUCUCUCGACUGGGAAACCUAAAAACACAUGAACGUAUACAUACAGGAGUGAAGCCUUACUCCUGCUCUGAAUGUGGAAAGAGUUUCUCUCGACUGGGCGACUUAAAAACACAUGAAAGUACACAUACAGGAGUGAAUUCUUACUCCUGCUCUGACUGUGGAAAGAGGUUCUCUCGACUGGGCCACUUAAAAACACAUGAACGUAUACAUACAGGAGUGAAGCCUUACUCCUGCUCUAAAUGUGGAAAGAGUUUCUCUCGACUGGGCCACUUAAAAAGACAUGAACGUAUACAUACAGGAGAGAAGCCUUACUCCUGCUCUGAUUGUGGAAAAUGCUUCACAACAUCAACUGACCUAAAAGUUCAUCAGAGAACACACACAGGAGAGAAGCCUUACUCCUGCUGUGAUUGUGUAAAAUGUUUCAAAACAUCAACUGACCUAAAAGUUCAUCAGAGAACACACACAGGAGUGAAGCCUUACUCCUGCUCUGACUGUGGAAAGAGGUUCUCUCGAAUGGGCCAGUUAAAAAGACACCAAGGUACACAUAAAGGAGAGAAGCCUUACCACUGAUCUGACUGUAGAUUUUUUUAGCUGAGCUAAAAGGGUCAUCAGAGAACACGCACAGGAGAGAAGAAUGGGCCAGUUAAUGGGCCAGUUAAAAAGACACCAAGGUACACAUAAAGGAGAGAAGCCUUACCACUGAUCUGACUGUAGAUUUUUUUAGCUGAGCUAAAAGGGUCAUCAGAGAACACGCACAGGAGAGAAGCCUAACGUCUGCUCUUAAUGUAGCAAGAGUUUCUCCCGAUUGGGCAAUGUAAAAACAAACCAACAGAUACACACUUGAGAGAAGCCUUAUCAUUGCACUGACUGUGAGAAGAGAUUCUACAGAUUGGUGUCUUUUUAAAUGGCCCAAUGUAUACAUAAAGGAGAGAAGCCUCAUCAGUUCUCUCAGACCAGCUAAAAUUAGCCACUCCACUUAAUUAUCAUCUAAUAAAAUAAUUGGCAACGUUGAAUUGGAUCAAAUGAAGAAAGCGUAGAUCACUGUAUUGUAAUCCUAUAGUUUCUCACUGUGAGAGAACUGUGCAGAGGAAAUGGAGCAUUAUAGAAUGUUAUGAUUUCAGUGCUUUAUGACAUCAGAGUUAUAAAUAGCUUGUCAGUGUAAACCCUGUCAGUAUGUGUUUUGUUCGCUUCUACUGUAAAGAUAUUAACAUAGACAACAUACACUGAGUGUACAAAACAUUAGGAACACCUUUCUGAUGUUGAGUUUGUCCUCAGAACAGCCUCAAUUCGUAGGGGCAUAGACUGUCCAAGGUGUUGAGAGCAUUCCACAGGGAUUCUGGCCCAUGUUGACUCCAAUGCUUCCCACAAUUGUGUCAAGUUGGCUGGGAGUAGAUCUCUACUCCGAAUAGCUCCUUCCUUCUCCUCCCACAGAUGCACAAUUGGAUUGAGAUCUGGUGACUCGGCAGGACCAUUGCAGUAAACUGAAUUCACUGUCAUGUUCUUGGAACCAUUCCUGGACAAGCCUUGUGGCAUAAUCCUGCUGAAGAAAUCUAUUUGCAGCUGGAUACACUGCUGCCAUGAAGGAUGCACCAGAGCAAAAAACAAUUAACUUUGGUUGCAGGAAUGAAAACACUGGAAAAUUUGAAAAACAUUGCCUGGUCUGAUUAAUCCCGGUUCCUGCUCUUUCACGCUGAUGGAAGGACUAGGGUAUGGAGAAAACCACGAGUACAUGCAAGUACCUAACUGUCAUACUUGAGUAAAAGUAAUGAUACCUUAAUGGAAAAUGACUCAAUUAAAAGUGAAAGUCAGACGGUAAAAUACUACUUGAGUAAGAGUCUAAAAGUAUUUGGUUGUAAAUAUACUUUAGUAUCAAAAGUAAAAGUAUAAAUGAUUUAAAAUUCCUGAAAUUAAGCAAACCAGAAGGCACAAUUGUCUUGUUUUUUUUAUUUCUAUUACAGAUAGCCAGGGGCACACUCCAACACUCUGACAUCAUUUACAAAUGAAGCAUUUGUGUUUAGUGAGUCCGCCAGAUCAGAGGCAGUAGGGAUGACCAGGGAUGUUCUCUUGAUAAGUGUGUGGAUUAGACCAUUUUCUGUCCUGCUAAUCAUAAACAAUGUAAUGAGUACUUUUGGGUGUCAGGGAAAAUGUAUGGAGUAAAAUGUACAUAUUUUCUUUAGGAAUGUAGUGAAAUAAAUGUAAAAUUUGUGAAAAAUAUAAAUAGUAAAGUAUAGAUACCCCCCCCCAUAUCAUCGACUGCAUCCUUAUGUAAUACAUGUAUCACUAGCCACUUUAACUAUGCCACUUGGUUUACAUACUCAUCUCAUAUGUAUAUACUGUACUCGAUAUCAUCUACUGUAUCUUGCCUAUGCUGCUCUGUACCAUCACUCAUUCAUAUAUCCUUAUGUACAUAUUCUUUAUCCCCUUACACUGUGUAUAAGACAGUAGUUUUUUUUGGAAUUGUUAGUUAGAUUACUCGUUGGUUAUUACUGCAUUGUCGGAACUAGAAGCACAAGCAUUUCGCUACACUCGCAUUAACAUCUGCUAACCAUGUGUAUGUGACAAAUAAAUUUGAUUUGAUUUGAUUUGAUUUGAUUUUGAAAACACGUUAUUUGAGAAAAAAGUAUCUAAGUACUUUACACCACUGCAUGCAUCCAUGCCUCGUGUCAGCAUUGCAGGCUGGUGGUAUGAAGGUGUGGGGUGUGUUUUCAGGGAACACAUUGGGCCCCUUGAUAAACGAUGAAUGCCAACCACUUGCAUCCCUUCAUGGCAGCAGUGUCUGUCUUUUAAUACUAGAUUCAUUAUUUUAGUCAUUGAUGAUGAAUGUAUUUGAAUAGCUGUGUUGAAGAUAAUUGAUCUGGCGGCAGGUAGCCUAGCGGUUAAGAGUGUUGGGCCAGUAACUGAAAGGUCGCUGGUUUGAAUCCCGAGCCAACUAGGUGUAAAAUCUGUCAUUGUGCCCUUGAGCAAGGCAAUGAACCCUUAUUUGUCCUGUAAUUUGCUCUGGAUAAGAGCAUCUGCUAAAUGACAAGAUUGUAAUGAAAAAUGAUGUUUGCAUAUUAAUUUAUGCUGAGCAACCUAAAAAAUCUUAUAAUUAAAUGAAAUAAACUGUUUGAAAUGAAAUACUGUAUAUACAAUACACAACAUUACCACUUUGUUUACCCUGGCCAGAGGGACAGGACCAUAGUAAACUAGACUGUGUAACUGCUGCUGUUAGUAGCCUACAGUUUCCAUGCAAUUACAGCAUGUCAGAUCACUAAUGAUUAGGUGUAUAGACUGCUACAUUUAUGCAAGAGUUUUUGCUGGUGGCUAUCUGGAGUGAUGUGUUAUCAGCUUGUUAAAUAACUACCGGAGGAAAGUGGAGAGGCGUCUUGAGCUUUGUGCCCGGCCCGCCUUACAUGGUCAAGAGACGCAGAGAACCUGCAGCAGCACCCUGAUGUGAAGAACAGCCCUUUCAAAAAUGUAAGAUUGUAGUACAUUGAGAAAAACAAUACCAUGGUACUAUCAUGACACUGUAGUGACUAAAAAAAAUAGAUGAUAGUAGAUGUAUGUACUAUUAUGUUGUUAGUUUUGGUAUUUGCACCAGUAGCAUGUUUUUUUCCUGCAAUGGUAGUGACCAAAAAAACAUGUUUUCCAUUGUAUAAUAUGCAACCUGGAAUUAAAAUGUAAGAGGACCAGUGCUUCUACAGUGAAUCACAUUGUGCUGUUUGAGAGAGAUGUUGUUAGACUACAUUGUAUUGUUGUUUCCUCUUCUGGGUGCACUGGUGGGGAACAACAUUUCAAUUCACAGAGACAAUGAGUCCUUCUAGUUUAGCACGAUAUCCACACGUUUGAAUGAUCUGUAUUGUGAUGAUGGGGGAAAUUGAAUUGACAAUAUACAAUGUGGGUUGGUAACUAGGUUUGUCCUCUAGUCAAUUUGUUGCU